AUGAAGAUCUGUCUAUUAGUUGUUACCAUCAUUGGCCUUAAUGCUAUCGCAACAUGCAAAGAGAUAACUGAUCGUCAUGUAUACAAGAACAAUCAAGAACCUAUUAUAAAUUGGUUUAAAAGAAGACAGGCGCCUCCUGACUCUGGUAUUAGCUUAUUUAAUGAGAGACAAGAACCUGGUAUUAGCUUAUUUAAUGAGAGACAAGAACCUGGUAUUAGCUUAUUUAAUGAGAGACAAGAACCUGGUAUUAGCUUAUUUAAUGAGAGACAAGGACCUGGUAUUAGCUUAUUCAACGAUAGGCAAGCUCCUCCUGGUGCUAGUAUUAGCUUAUCUAAUGAAAGACAAGCUCGUUCUAAUACUGGUAUUAGUCUGUUUAAGAAGAGACACAUCUUUUCAGACGCAGAUUUCAAUAAUUUGAAACGAAGGCAAGAUCCCCUAAUUAGUUGGUUUGAGGAAAGACAAGAGUCAGAAGACCCUCUCAUUAGUUGGUUUAACGAAAGACACAAUCCACUAUUUAGCGAAUUUAAUGUUAGGCACGAUCCCACUGCUACUUCUCAUAAAGAGGAAGAGGAAGAUAAAAAUAUUCCUGGGUUGAGUUUGUUCAAGAGAGAAUUUCGUUCUAAUGCGAAAUUAUCAAAAACCAAUUAUCACCCGCAAUUAAGAUUAAAGGGCAGUACUCAUUUCAAAGGCAUUUUAUCAGCCAAGCGGAACGAUAAAUUGUCGGUUUCGCAGAAAAGAGAUGGCUAUAAUAAAAAAUUCAAUACCGAGAAACUCCAUCAUAGCUCAAACAUACUAAAAUCGAAAGCCUAA